UGAAUGGGUCAGUUGGUAUCUGUUUCAAGGGUAAUAUUUAGCAACUAAUGCACACAAGACAAUCUGGAGUAUGGUAAACUUCUGAACGAUUUGCUUCAUAUCAAAAUUGCUGGACUAAAUCUCUGAGCCUAGAUACAAGGACUGAAAAUCAGAGAUCUAUACAAUCAUCCUUGGCAUGUCGUCGUACACUGAACAUUUAGAUGAAGAGGACGAGGGUGACCUUAACCCAUCCAGCUCCGAAAUGCAGCGAUUGAUGAACGAGAAAGCUCACGAGCUCUUUCAAGUGUGUGAUACAGAGAAAAAAGGGUUCAUAACAAAACGAGACAUGCAGCGUCUUCAAAGUGAGCUCCCUUUGUCACCAGAGCAGCUCGAGCACGUGUUCGAUUCACUGGACGUCGACGGCAACGGGUUUCUCUCCUUGGAAGAAUUUACUGAUGGUUUUGGCGGUUUCCUCGGUCUGCGUUCCACGUCUGACGGGGCGAUGGACAACGACGCAACAUACAUGGACGAAUCUGGUGUUGACCCCCACGAGGAGGAACAGAACUUUCACACCAUGAUGGAACACUUGGGCGUGACCAACAUUGUUGAAGGGGAUUCCACAGUGAAGUCCCUCUGGUGUCGUCUCAGGAAGGAUGAUACGGGGAUGGCAUCAACAUUUGAGGACUUCCUGUUUCGAGUCUCCAAUGAAAUUCGCAAGUCUAAGUGUGAAUUUGAUAGCCUGGAGGAUGCCUUGAAAAGCAAAACGAAUGCUCAUGAUGAAGAAGUAAGGAAGCUGUAUGAAGAAAUGGAAGUGCAAAUCAAACAGGAGAAGGAAAAAAUACUGGCAGAGGAGCGCAGCAAGGAGAGACAACUCCGCGAGGCCAUGGAGCAAGAGAUUAUGGAGAAGGACAAACAACUGCAGGAGAUUGUCUCCAGACAUUCAGAGAUGGAAGAGAAACUUGGAUUUCUCAAUACAGUGGAAGCUGAAACAAAAAUAGAGAAAGAGAAAUUAGCCAAGGAGAAGGAGGACUUGGAGGAGUCAUUCCACCGUUCCCAGCAGGCGUUGGCAGAGUGCCAGGCAUACAUCAAUCAGCUGAGACAACAGCAGAAAGAAGACAAACGGGAACGGGCAAAAGCUGCUUUGAAGCUUUCUGAAGGCAUUGCCUUAGAACGGGAGACCUUGGUCAACCAGCUGGAAAAAUUGAAAACCAUGAACAGACAACUACAAGAUGAGAAGGAUGAAGCAGUUUUAAGGCGGGGCACAUCAUAUGCUGAUGAUGAUGAAACAAAGCAGUCAGAUGAUAACGCGCGAUCAGAAAGGGCGGUCCCCCGGCGCGCAGAACUUGAGAGGCAGGGGUCGUCCCUCGGGAAAUACUUCGAUACAAACAGAGCUCCAAAAUCUUCACGUACAGAGUCGAUCAAAGAGGAUAUAGCGGAGGAAGCGAUUGGCAGCAAUUUUGACGAAGAAUUUGAGGAUGAGGAUGUGGAAUGUGAUGAUGAAGUAUACAUGAUAGCCAAUCAGACACCAUCAUUUAUUCACCACACGGUUAAAGACAACUAUAGUCCGGGGAAGCAACCUUUGCACAGUUCACCAAUCGUACGACAGCAUGGGGAUAACAGUAGGGUGGCAGAUUUUGAUGAGGACAGUAGGGUAGUGGAUUCUAGAAAUGCAGGGACCAAGAAUUAUGACGCAAAUCCAAAUGAUUUUAAUGUUGAAAGUGAGUCAGAUCUGCACACUCCAGACUCACCAAGGACUCAGCCAGUAGGCGCAGAUGAGUUGACCGAUUCUGGCAUACAGUCCACAGUGGAGACUACCGCCCUUCAGAGAAUCUUCAAGGUGGUCUUUGUGGGAGACUCAGGCGUGGGGAAAUCCAGUUUUAUUCACCGCUUCUGUACAGACAACUUCCGCCCUUCUUUCUCUGCUACCAUAGGUGUGGACUUCCAGAUCAAGUCCCUUCCUAUCGAGGGCCAGCUCAUAGUGCUACAGCUGUGGGACACAGCAGGACAGGAACGGUUCCGUAGUAUAACCAAGCAGUAUUUCCGCAAGGCAGACGGGGUUGUCAUCAUGUAUGAUGUCAAUUCAGAGGUCACAUUUACAAACGUUAGAAACUGGAUGAUUAGUGUUAAGGAGGGAGCCAGCGAGGAUGCAGUUCUUCUGUUGCUAGGCAACAAAUGUGACAUGGCUGAGGAUGACUACUGCAAGGUGGUGAAAAUGAAGUGUGGCUCGCACCUAGCUGAUGAGUAUGGAACCCUGUUCUAUGAGACGAGUGCCCUCAACGGAGAAUGUGUGAAGGAAGCUAUGGAGGCCAUGGCAAGAGUUCUUAAGGAGAAAGAAGACAAAGAGAUUGAAAAGUCAUUCAAGUUAGAUGAUGUUCAACCAAAGAAAAAAUGCUGCCCUAUUUAGUCUAUAGUUAUAUGGAAAUGAUAUUGCCUUAUUAAGGUUAUUUCAGUAGUGAUUGUAAUUGCCCCCUAAAGGCAAAGACUGUUACUUGUGACUUCCCCAAUAGGCCAUUGGUGAUCGAUUACAAAAAAAAUGCUGCACAG